AACGACAGAAAGAACGGCUUCCCCAGCUCGAGACUCGGUUCUCAUCGUUCAUGCCUAGGAGCCAUUCAAAAGAAUCGGUUCGUUCGAGAACGUCACAACACUAAUCGAGAGUUUUCCGAGUGAGCUCAGUCACACCGCUGCCGUCCUGAAAGGAGCCCAAACUCGGGCGGAGUUUAUGACUUUUGUGGAGCGCUGAAUUACACCGUCUGAGAUCAAGUGAAACACACGCACUUGCUACUUUUUCUUUCUUUCUGUUUGCGCCAGAUUUCAGUGGCAUAAAGACAUUUUAAAGCAGAGAAAACAUGACUCAGUUCAACAAGGGACCAGCCUACGGAUUAUCUGCAGAAGUUAAAAGCAAGAUUGCACAGAAAUAUGACCUGCAAAAAGAAGAGGAGCUCCGUUUCUGGAUCGAAGAGGUGACUGGCAUGCCCAUCGGAGACAACUUUCAGAAGGGCCUGAAAGAUGGUGUCAUUCUAUGCGAGUUAAUAAACAAGCUACAGCCAGGUUCCAUAAAGAAAAUCAACCACACACAAUUGAACUGGCACAAGCUGGAGAACCUUGGGAAUUUCAUCAAAGCCAUCCUAACUUAUGGCUUGAAGCCCAAUGAUAUCUUUGAAGCCAAUGACCUCUUUGAAAAUGGGAACAUGACUCAAGUCCAGACCACACUGCUUGCCCUUGCAAGUAUGGCAAAAACUAAAGGCCUUGAUACUAAGGUUGACAUUGGAGUGAAAUACGCAGAUAAACAGGAAAGGCAUUUUGAUGAUGAGAAGAUGAAGGCUGGCCAGUGUGUUAUUGGACUUCAGAUGGGGACUAACAAAUGUGCAAGCCAGGCCGGCAUGACUGCUUAUGGCACACGGAGACAUCUUUAUGACCCAAAGACCCAAACAGACAAGCCUUAUGACCAGACUACCAUCAGCCUGCAAAUGGGUACUAACAAAGGAGCUAGCCAGGCUGGCAUGUCUGCUCCAGGCACCAGAAGAGACAUUUUUGAUCAGAAGGUAGCUGUGCAACCUCUGGACAACUCUACGAUCUCCCUGCAGAUGGGCACCAACAAGGUGGCAUCUCAGAAGGGCAUGAGUGUGUAUGGGUUGGGCAGGCAGGUCUACGACCCUAAAUACUGUGCCCAAUCCGCAGAGCCAAUCAUCCAUGCCAAUGGCAGCCAAGGCACAGGCACGAACGGCUCAGAGAUCAGCGACAGUGACUAUCAGGCAGAAUAUCAAGAGGAAGAGUACCAGGGAAGUUAUCAUGAUGAAUACAGUGGCCACUACAAUGACCAGGGUAUCGACUACUAGGGAGAGGUGCAUCAUUACUCAAAACAGUAUUAAUGCAAUAUAUUCUCAACAGAGCAAGUCUUUUGCUAUCAUCACUAGUCUUUGUUUUGUAUUAAGAGAUGAGUGUUAUUGCCUUGUGAUCCCUGCUCCUACUCUAGAUGACUUUUUAAGUUGGCCAUAUUUUACGGUGGGCCUAUUUAAAUAUAAACAGUCAGAUGCCUAAAACCUGCUUUAAGAUUCAGACUUUUAACUGCUUUUUUUAUGAAGAAUGGAGAACUGUGAAGAAAAUAUUCCUUGUUUUCACCAUGCAGAAUUUGCUCAAUGUUAAUGGAGAGCCACUUUUUUUCUUUUUUUUUUUUUAAUAUACCCUGUGAUUUCUUUGUUUAUUAAUUGACCGUUUGUGCAUCUUGGAGUGAAUCAGUCUGAAUUAGCAAUUAAGCCUCACCAGCCAAUCUCUGCUCAAUUGCAGCAUAAUAGGACUGAGGAUGAUCUUAAGCUGUGUCAAAUAAUGGGCAGAAAAAAAUGAGCAAAAGCCUUUUAAGUCAUUCCAUUUGUCUUUUUACAUCACUGGAAGUUGUAGUUUUUUCAUAUCUCAAAUGUCAAGGCUUUAGUGCUUUUAAGAGUUGCUUCAUUAGACUGGAUAACCAAGAAUUCUUUUAAUUUCCUGCUUUUAUCAAAUAGUUUUAUUUGUGCCGUAAUCUUUAAAUUGUUCUUAUACAUUCCACUUCCACUGUAUUUAUUGUCAUUUUCUCAUUUAAGCUGUU